UUUUCUUUGUUGCUCACUGCAAUUACAGACUAUUUCUCUGUUUUCCCUCUCUCUCUCCCUCUCUCUCUCUCACAGCACCCUUUCUGCCUUUUCCCACCUUGGAACCUACUACCGCCCUUCCCUCUUCCCACCUUUUCCUUUUAUAUAUUCCACUUCCAAAAAGCACAUAUAAAAAGCUUAUAAAUCCUCUCCUAAGAAACUGACUUUUAGGGCUCUCUUCUGCAAAACACUGCCCAACACAAAGACCUUUCAAAAAACAAGAAGGAAUGAGAUUCAUUAAUGGAGGAUUCUCUAACACUCAGUUUGAUCACACCCACCUUCUAAAAUGUCUGGUUUGUCUAGAAUAUAUAAUGAAAAAGUUGGUUUUUUUGGUACACCCAUCUGGUAAAAUGGAUUGAGUUUCAUCUUAGUAGAGGAAAAAUAGAUGGUUUCUUCUUCAUGAUUCCUCUUUCUAGAAACUAGAUUAAGAAAAAAAGAGUUUCUUUUUCAGUGUUCCAUCUCCUCAAAUGAUAGUCUUUUGUUGCAAAAACUACUUGGAUUUGUUCUCAAAUCAAGAACAAAGAUGAUCUUUUUAGCCUACCCAUGUACUGAAAUUACUUGGAUUUGGUUUCAAUGAAAGAAGAAAAAGGAUUUUAUUUUAUUUUUAUUUUUUUGUGGAGGAAAAAUAUCUUAUUUUGAAUGCUGAAGCAAGAAAAAAGAUUGCCUUUUUAGCAUAUAACUUCCUUUAAUAUCCGCAUGAGUUUGAAUCGAAGAAAAUGAAAAAGAAAGGUUUUUGUAGCUGCCGAUCUCUUGAAAUGAAUUGGGUUUCAUACCAAAUCAGGUUAGAAAAAGGAUUUCUUAGUCUACUCAUCCUCUAAACUGAUUUGUGUUGGAUGUGAAUCAAGCACAAAGCAGGGUUUUCCAGCCUACCCAUCUCCUGAAAUGACUUUGGUGGGUCUGAUACGAAAUCAGAGAAAAACAUGGUUUUGUUUUCCUACCAACCUCCCAAAAUGAAUUGGGUCUGAUACCAAACCAAUGAAAAAGAUUGCCCUUUUUGCCUUCCCGGCUCCUAAAAUGAAUUGGGCUUUGUCCCAAAUCAAGAAAAAAGAAGGCCUUUCGGCCUACCCACCUCCUCUCCCUCAUCUCCUUCCUCCGCCGCCUCCUUACACUAGCAGUUAUCAGAAAGAGCCAUCUCCUCCAUCACCACCUUCACCGUCAGGCAGCAAAAUCAGCCCCGCCGUUCUUUUCAUCAUCGUAAUUCUUGCAGUGAUCUUCUUCAUCUCUGGUCUUCUCCACCUUCUUGUUAGAUUCCUCAUCAAACAGCCGUCUUCAUCAUCCUCAUCCCAAUCCAAUAGAUAUCCUGAAAUCCCAGGCUCUGAUUCCCUCCAGAGGCAGCUCCAACAGCUCUUCCAUCUCCACGACUCAGGCCUAGACCAAGCCUUCAUAGAUGCACUUCCUGUCUUUCUCUACAAAGAGAUCGUGGGCCUGAAGGAGCCAUUUGAUUGUGCCGUCUGUCUAUGCGAAUUCUCUCAAGAAGAUAAGCUGAGAUUGCUCCCUAUCUGCAGCCAUGCAUUCCACAUAAACUGCAUCGACACAUGGCUUCUCUCCAACUCAACAUGCCCACUCUGCAGAGGGACUCUAUUUUCCUCUGCUCUUGCAAUCGAAAACCCAGUUUUUGAAUUCGACGAACCAAAUGAAGAAGAUGGUUUUUCGGGUGAAGGGCGAGAUGGAUUUUCAGCCAAUCAGAAGGUAGAAAUGGAGGCAGAGGAGGAGGAGGAGGUGGUGGUGGAGGGAGUAAAGGAGGAAAUCGUCAGUGAGAAGAGGGUGGUUUUGCCUGUUAGGCUUGGGAAAUUCAAGAGCGUGAAUAAUGAAGGUGAAGGAGAGAGCAGUAGCAGCAAUUUGGAUGCAAGGAGAUGCUAUUCAAUGGGGUCUUUUCAAUAUGUUGUUGGGGAUUCAAAUCUGCAAGUUGGAGUAGCUUUGAGCCAAAGAGAGAAAGAUGGUAGUGAAGGUAAGAAGGAGACUUUGAGAAGAAAAGGAUGUGAUGAAGUUGAGGUGGAUUUGGAUGGUAAGAAGCUGUGUAAUGGCAGCAAAGGUGAGAGCUUGUCUGUUUCUAAGAUCUGGUUGUGGUCUAAGAAGGGGAAAUUGCAAAAUCCAUGUGAUGUUAGGAGUAGUGAUAGUAGUAGUAGUGCUGCCCAAAUGGGCAUUUCUUCUUCUUUGAAUGUGGGAUUGCCAAGGACUGAUAGAAGAGUUCGAGAUAUGUGAUGGUGUUUUUUGUUGUAUUUUUUUGAGAAAUCAAUCAAUUAAUUACUCCUUGUUGAGGCUUUGUUUUGAA